CGGGCACCGAGUCGUCUGGGGACUGCGGGCACCGAGUCGUCUGGCAAGACUGCGGGCACCGAGUCGUCUGGCAAGACUGCGGGCACCGAGUCGUCUGGCAAGACUGCGGGCACCGAGUCGUCUGGCAAGACUGCGGGCACCGAGUCGUCUGGCAAGACUCGGCACCGAGUCGUCUGGCAAGACUGCGGGCACCGAGUCGUCUGGCAAGACUCCGGGCACCGAGUCGUCUGGCAAGACUGCGGGCACCGAGUCGUCUGGCAAGACUGCGGGCACCGAGUCGUCUGGCAAGACUGCGGGCACCGAGUCGUCUGGCAAGACUGCGGGCACCGAGUCGUCUGGCGGACAGCGGGCACCGAGUCGUCUGGCAAGACUGCGGGCACCGAGUCGUCUGGCGGAACAGCGGGCACCGAGUCGUCUGGCAAGACAGCGGGCUCCGAGUCAACAGGCACAGGGCACGAGUGGGCACAGUGGGCACCGGGUCAUCAGGUAUCGGAUUGUCUGGCUCGACAGCGGGCAUCGGGUCACCAGGCAUCAGGUCAUUUGGCUUGCCAGCGGGCACCGCGUCAUCUGGCAAGGCAGUGGGCACCGGGUCACCAGGUA